AAAGGCGACCGACUAUCCAGUUGUGUUUGACGCGCUCAAGUGAAUGGGUCUUUCUUUAAACUGGCGAGAUAUCUCACUCAACAUAUUCCGUAGAGUGGAUCUUGUGACAAGGUACGAAUUUCAUAAACAAACUCAACAGUGAAAGAGAUAAAAUAACUGACAAAAGAGUGGGUAAAAGUUAAGAAUUUUCUUUUGUGCCAAAAACCACGAUUAAAAACCAGUGAAAACUUUGCACCUUCAGCCAAAGGGAAUUUUCCCCAUUGAAGGAGCAAUAUAAGAGAAAUUUAUUUGCAGUGAAGUAAACACCAUAGAACUGUGCAUUGCAAAAAGGAAGAAGAGGAGAAAAAAAAGCCGAAGUUCUGCAAGAACUUUUCCCUUGAGAAUUAAUAUAUUUUAGCCCAAGAGAGAUUGCAGGAGGGCAAGAAAAAAAAAACGUUCCACUGCAGAUAAAAUUGUCUCUCAUUGGUUCAUUAAUUUCUCUCAAAUAUCACCUCGAAUUUCUGUGACCUGCUUUUUUUACUCUCCCAGGCAAUUCAAUCAAGCACAUUAUUUAUUUUCCAUUUAUUAUUUUUCGAGAAGAAAAAAAAAUUAUACAUUUCCUUUUCGUGGCAAAUUUUUCAGUGUAAACUUCACCAGAGUGUAAUAUAUAUUUUUUCUUAUUUAUUUAUUCAUUUGGUGCGUGGAAUUUUUGUGUGAUCAUAUUGUUAAAUGUUGGUGAGAAAAAAAGAAACGGUGGUAGAAGGGAAACAAGUGAAAGAAAUUGUGUAGCCAAAUACACAAAGGAACAAGUGACGAAGGUGGAUGAGAUAGAAAAGAACCAAGAAGGAUUUCUUUGUGAAGCCAAUAUUGAUAGUUUUUAUAUGGGAAUGUUCUAGCGGUGCUUUAAGAGGAAAAUCCACAAAAAAAAAAUAGAAAAUAUUGUGCGUGAAGAAACAAAGAAAAUUUGCCUCCAAUUGAGUGAAACGGUGUCUUAUCACAUAUUGUGCAGUUUACAAGACAACCCUAACAUAAUCUUCGAGACUCUUGGAACUUCAAGUCUAACAGUGACGCCAAUUUCUACCUGAGAAACUGCAUCAGUUAUUAACUUUCUGCUCUCCAUCAUCUUGUAGUGUUGAGAGAUACAUAGGGAAUCUCCAGAGAUGACAGAAAGCUGCAGUUGGAAUCUGAUGCAAUGAAGUGAAGAUAAGAAAUGACGCUAAAUCCACUGAUUGUGAUCUUCUACGCUCUCUGCUCGCAUCUGCUUGGGGAAGUGGCAUCCCUGCCAGUAACUUCGAAACCCCUGGCGAGCAAUCCGGAUCAUCUGGCGUGGGAAGCAUGGCUCACGGUGGAUUCACGCAAUCCUCUCUACAACGACAUGACCCGCAAAAUUACACCAAAGUCUAUAUUCAUUGCUCCAAAUUUUCGCAAUGAAUCCCUUCCCUGUCCCACAGGUUUCAAGGUUGAUCAUCGUGGUCAGUGCAUUAGGGUGGUGAGCAUUGAUCCCAAUGAUCUCCUGGCCAAUCGACUCCAAUCCAUUUUGGCAUCUACCAAUAUCCAAAUGGAUGACGAUGAGAUCUACGAUUAUGAUUCCUACGACACAAGUGGUCCAUUCCAGGUGAAUCUCCCUAUUUCUUUGGAUGCUGACUCCAAAUUGGAGCAGAGUCAAGGAGCCAAAGGAGCACCAGAAGGACUUAGAGAAAAUACUCAAAUUCUCAAUGGAGAACCAUCGUCCAUCCAAGAAACUCUGGAAAAUGGUCAAGAGACAACCACCAGCUCAGACGAAGAAACAAAAUUCACAACUGAUAUGUCUCUAGCAUCCAGUGAGGAUGCUACUGAAGAUAUCACCGAAACAGUCACCACGGAAAAUUUCACAAGUAUGCCCAUCUCUGAGAUUUCAUCGGAAAUGCCCACAAAUACAACUGGAUCAUCUCUCGAGGGUUUAGAAAGUUCAACGACUGAGAUUGCUGUUGAGGAGGAAAGGGCUACACAAUCCACGACAGAGGUAUCCACUGAGCAAAGUACAGAUGAAUCAUCCACUAUACAAACGGUAACUGAGGAUGGCAGAGAUAAUUUGACCCGGGAGGAAGAUGAAAUGAGAAACUCUAUUAGGAACAGUACCCUUAAGAUCGACCUCGAGAGAGAUGAUUUGGUUUUAGAUGUAAGUAGCAUGACACAGAGUACAGAUUUAGAGGAAACUACAACAGAUGAAGUCACAGAGUCAAUUACAACAUCACCAUUACCACAGACUUCAACAUCUUCAUCAACGUCUUCCACAGUGGAGUCAAAUAGGCGUCCAAUUGAGGAGAAACGCGUCGUCAUCAUCACGGAUAAAUUUAAACCAAGUCGAAAGGAGUCCGUACUGAUUGUUACACCCAUCCCUAACAUCUUAAUCUCUACCACUGAGACUGUGGAUGACACGACUCAGUUCGAUGGGGGAAAGGAACUUCUUGGGGUUCUGGAUGAGAGUGAUUCAGAGAAGAAGAUGCGAGAAAUGGUGAUUCAUCAGGAGCAAAAAGAUGCCGCUAUGGAGAAGAUUGAUGCCAACAAUCGUUUUGUCUAUCAUCAUCUUAAAAAUCCAAUAACUGGGGAGAGAACAACUGAAACACCUCAAGAAAUGACUCAUUCGAGAAUUGAGACAAAAGUGGUAACAACUGUCGAACCAGUAGAAAAGGUAACAACAGCAAGUCCUGUUCAGAUUAGAACUACAGAGAGGCCGAGAAAUAGGAUAAGAUUCCCCACGGGUGAAGAGGAGGAAGAUCCUCCGGAUGAGUUCAAGGGGGAUCUCAUAAGAUUCCCUGGACCAGCGUCCCAUCGCUUUUUGCCAAAUAUAAAUCGUCUGAUACCCGAGUCUGUCACACGAAGACCACCAACUACAACAACUCAGACUGACUCAAAUCCUGGAAGGGGUACAGGGGCAGCUAACAGAAAACAAUCCUCCUGGUACCCACCAACCUGGGGUAGAAAUUCAACAAAGCAACAAAAGCCAGUUUUGCUGCGAUUCUGGUCACGAAUGCCCCUAAUCCGGGAUUCAUCCUUCACGGGACGACGUUCUCUGGGUCAUCGAGAGAAUUCCAAAAGUCCCUCAGAGAAUCUCUACAAAGAUAUCCCUUCCCAGGAUAUUUACAGAGUGAUUGGAUCGCGCCAGAAGAAACACACCAAUAGCUAAGUUGCACGCAACUAGAGUGCAACUAAAACUUUCUCUUGUGCCAAUUAAUCGAAAUGUUAAAGAAUCACAUAACGAAUUUUUCACUCCCACAUUAUGCAUAAUAUUAUUGCAUUACUGCACAUCAUAGGAGCGAUUACUAUGAGAUUAUUAAUAGUGGUCUUCCUCUUAUUUAGGAAGACAAAUUCGAUGACAUUUUUGUGUUUCCCUGUUUUCAUAUAAAAAAAAUCAACAAUAUCUUCAGUGUUUAAAAAUGUGUUAGGAAGAAAAUAGAUGAAAGUGUAGCGAAUACCGCAUAGAAAUUGUGUAAGAUAUAGUGAAAAAAUGCAAAAGUAUACAUUUGUUAGUAAAAAUAUCAUAUAGAUAGGUACUUAAAGGUUUAAUUUUCAAUGCAAUAUCUCCAAAUUUUGCAAGCAAACACAAUACAAUACCAUUUUUGUUGAUUUAUUGGUCUCAUUCUUUCUUGUUCUGACACAUUUACCUGUGGCCAAAAAGGAUAAUUUUGGAAUAUGAGGUUAUGUUGGACAUAACCUUAAAAAAUCUUGACUUUUUAAUGCAAGAAAGACUUUAAAGUUCUCCAAUAUUUAAAUUCUCUGCAAUUCUAUGGUAGCUUAUGUGUCAAAUAAAUUAAUUUUGGAUUUAUAAAUAAAAUAUCUUUUGACAUAACCUCUAUUUGAAAAUUUGUAACGUUAGCCUUUUGGUUAAGCUUUCGCUUAAACAAGGUACAUUUCUUUUUGGUAAAGAAAACCCAUGUAAGUCAUCCCUUAAAGUAAAUUUAACACUUUAAAGUUGCCCAUGAAAACCCAUUCGUUUUAUGGUUAUGUUUUUACGUUUGAUGAGUUUCUCACAUAAAUUCAAAUUGAACAUGGCAGUUUAUGACUUUUGGAAGAUAAAAAUAUUAGUAUAUUUCUUUUUUAUGUACGAGAAAUUUUUAAACUAUUUCCGGUCAUAUUAAAUUAACUAUUUGUAGUUACAGUAGAGCCUCGCUAUAGGCCAUAUUUGGUUCCAGAUUUGACACUUGAGUCGCACACUAUAGUCCAUGUCAUUUUUUAAAAUCAAUGACUUUUAGUAUUGAAAUUGCUCGACGGCUUCCAAUUUCUUUGCGAUUGUGGUAUUUGUCCUCGUUCUCUUUAUUUAUGGAUCACAAUUACCACAACUAGGGGAAAGUACUCUCCCUUCGAACGUUCAUGCCUUCGAAUAAUAUGAAUUUUCUUUAGGUUUUCCUAAGAGACUUACACAUUUCUAUUAAAUAUUAGUUGGCUUAUCAUCAAUUGUUGAUAAUUCCGUAAUAGUUUAGUGUAAAUUUCUUACGAAAAACAAAAGAAAUUCACAUUAUUCGAAGGCAUGAACGUUCGAAGGGAGAGUACUUUCCCCUACUCAAUAAAAUUUGCCAAAAAUAUUAAAAUAAUUAUGACAACAUUGAAUGUUGCGUACUAAAAAAAUAUAACCUAACUUAAAAUCAGUGUUUUGAAAUCAACGGUCGAUAAAUUGUGGACUAUAGAGCGAUGGCCUAUAGCGGGGUUCUACUGUAUGUCAUUUUACGUAAUCUUUUUCUUCAAACAAUGCAACCUAUUGUGAAUUUACAAAAAAAAUCCCUAAAGAAGAACAUCUUAAUUGACCAAUGAAACUUAUGUAGGAGAAAGCUUUUAGGCUUCGCACACAUUCUGGCUUCGAACACUUUAUAUUUUUCCCAUAUUCCUUUAAUCAAUCUGACCAAAUAGCAAUAUAUUUUAAUAACCAGAGAAGUUAUACAUUUCAUGAAAAAAUUAGGUCAGAUUUAUUAAUGGAACACAGUAAAAAUAUGAAAUAUUCAAAACCGAAGUGUGUGCAAAGCCAGAAAACCUUUCCCUAAUCAGAAUUUUGGGUGUCAACUUUUGUGUAAGGCUUUGAAUUUGUUAAAAUUGUCCCAUUUGACUUAUAAAAAGCACUCUGACUGAAUAAAAAGCAACAUGAGAACUCUGAAAAUACAUAACCCUAUAAUAUCUUAGUUACAAAAUUCUGCAAAACCAUAAAGUUUAGAGUGUUACUUGAAAUGUAGUCCGAUAAAGUUUUAAAUUUAGCAAUAAUAAUUUAAUUUGAAUAAGGAAUUUCUAAGUUCGUGCCACGUAAAAAAGUAUUUACUAAAUUUUUAGGUUAUGUCCUUUAUAACCUCAAAUUUCUAAAAAAUCCCACGGCUAAAUGAGAGAAUGAUGCCCAAUAUUUGAGCUACAGAAAUGUUAAAAUAGUUCUUAAUUCUGUGAUUAUCUCGAUACAAGUAUAACAUACCUAUUUUUUCUGUUCAUUCACAAAACACACUUUAGAAAGUCAUCUGCUGUAUAGUUUUAUAUAAAUGGCAAAAAAAGAUCAUCUUUCAAAUAUCUAUUGAAGGUUAGAAUUUGAUGCAUGAAUGGCAAAAAAAAGCACAAACGAAAAAUAUGUAGUAGAUUAAAAAACACACAGUUUUUAGUUGAUAUUCCGAAGAUGUUUCACGUACAAAGCUUUUUUCCAUCAAAUGCAAUUUUAAAUAUCAUUUAAAUUGUAAAUUUUUUUCGCUGUUUUUAUGAGAAGACAGAUAAGUUGUCGGAUCGAAAUGUAAAUCCGAUUGAAGAAUUUAAUACCAAUAAAUGUGUGACAUAAUGAGUGGAUCUUUACGAUUUUACCUCGUAGGAACUUACAUGCAAAAAAAACAAGUUUUGAAAAAAAGUAAAAUUAUAUUUUGAAUGUAUUACCGGUGAAAUUGAUUUCCGAAAAUAAAAAAAAAAGAAAAA